AUGAUUGCCACAGGGGGUCGGUCGGGAGCCACCAUUACUCCCGGGAAUGCCAAUGGCGACGCCUUGAGAACCACCAACGGUGUCUGGUAUUUCUAUGCUGAGACUGGAGACCGUUCCUAUUCCUGGCGAGGCACCGACAACACUCGCACUUGCCGGGGUCGGUCAUUGGGCAUGCGUAAGAAGACCCGAGUUUCAGGUUCCAAGCUGACUCUCCGCUUGACAUGCAACAACCGGAGAAGGUUGAGCGAGAACGAGACAUCGAUGUCCAAUGACGAGAUGCCAGAUCAGCAACUCUGUCUCUUGGCCGAUGAUGGCUUGGAAGGCACCGUUGAAAAUGACAAAGAUGCCAUGGAUGUGUUGGCCUUCCCCAACCAUGAUGAGGAUGAAGGCGUUGGCGUGCCCGUUUGUACUGAGAUCGAAGAUCAGGGUCCUCUUGGUGUGUCCUUUUCACACGAAAAUGGCCUUGCGUUUCAGGGUGUCGGCAGCAACGCCUCGCCCAGCAACCCGACAAAUCAGACACAUGUGACACAUGAUGAGGGUGAAGUGAUCCAGGAACCUUCAUGUGAUGAGACGUGUGUGGCCAUCGAAGAGUCCUCCCAAGAGCUUCAGAAGAAACUUGAGAAGAUCAAUGAUCGCAGACUGGGCGAAGUCCUGGUGUAG